UGGCCGUUAUUUAAGUCGUAGAAGAAGAAGAAAACCGGAAGGACAGAGCUUUGUAGAAGGACGGAUUUGUGCCGUGUAGGGGCUGUGGUGGAAAAGAUGCUGACCAAUAUCUCCAAUGUGUUGAAAGCUUGUGCUCAAAGAAAUGGUGCUGCAGUGGUUAUGUCAGCACGCACCUAUGCUGACUUCACAACUCAGGCAUCCUUUGAAAUAAAGAAAUGUGACACCUUCAAACUGGAUGAUGCCCCAGCCACUGAGGUGGUUAUGACUCGUGAUGAAGGUCUGCAGUACUACCGGACCAUGCAGACCAUACGGCGUAUGGAGCUGAAAGCAGAUCAGCUGUAUAAGCAGAAGAUCAUCAGAGGGUUCUGCCAUUUGUAUGAUGGACAGGAAGCUUGUGCUGUUGGUAUUGAAGCAUCAAUUAAUCUGUCAGACCACCUGAUCACUGCAUAUCGUGCCCAUGGCUACACUUACACCAGGGGUGGGACUGUGAAGGAGAUCAUGGCUGAGCUCACUGGCAGAAGAGGAGGUAUUGCAAAGGGCAAAGGAGGCUCCAUGCACAUGUACUGUAAACAUUUCUAUGGUGGAAAUGGAAUUGUUGGCGCUCAGGUUCCUCUUGGUGCUGGAGUGGCACUGGCCUGCAAGUAUCAGGGCAACAAUGAGCUGUGUGUCUGUCUUUAUGGUGAUGGGGCUGCAAACCAGGGUCAGAUUUUUGAAACCUACAACAUGGCAGCUCUUUGGAAAUUGCCUGUUAUCUUCAUCUGUGAGAACAACAGGUAUGGCAUGGGCACGUCAGUGGAGCGAGCUGCUGCCAGCACAGACUACUUCAAGAGAGGAGAAUUCAUUCCUGGUCUCAGGGUGGAUGGCAUGGAUGUUCUGUGUGUCCGGGAGGCAACACGUUACGCAGCUGAUCACUGCCGAUCUGGGAAAGGUCCCAUUCUCAUGGAACUUCAGACAUAUCGCUAUCAUGGACACAGCAUGAGUGAUCCUGGUGUCAGCUACCGCACACGUGAGGAGAUCCAGGAGGUCCGCAGUAAGAGUGACCCCAUCUCCAUGCUGAAGGACCGCCUACUCAGCAACAACAUGGCCAGCGUGGAAGAGCUCAAGGAGAUUGAUGUGGAGGUGAGGAAAGAAAUUGAAGAUGCUUCUCAGUUUGCCACCACAGAUCCUGAACCCCCGCUGGAAGAUUUGUGCAACCACAUCUUUUCCAACAAUCCACCUGUGGAAGUGCGCGGCACAAACCCAUGGUCCAAGCUCAAGUCUGCCAGCUGAAGUGUUAUUCUAUUUUUUAUUUUUUUCCUCCAUCACUUUGUUCAGUUGCCUCAUCAACCCAGGAAAAUAUCAGCCCCCCGUUCUCUCACAUAUGCACACACAUCAGAUAAUUUACCAUAAACAACAGCGUCACACCCAGAGCUUUAACCAUAAGCAAAUAAUAUACUUCAAGGUUUCAACUGCAGGUGCCAGAAUUACAAAGUUACAUUGAUAAAAAGACUGAAAGGUUUAAAAGCAGUUUCCAGAGUCCUAAUGCUGUUACAGAGCAAUGAUACUAGGCUGAUAAAUUCAUGUGGAUGUUACUUUCACAUUUCCCACUCAGUUAAAUAUCUUUGUUAAUCAGCUGCACUCAACCCACAAGGUGAAGGCACUCCCCAGCAGCAGCCCUCUCCCCACCAGUUAAUAUUAGACAAAUUGUCCAAAUGCAUGAUGUGUUAUUGGUUUACACAGUAAAUACAAAACUGGAUAGAGAAACAUCAAACAGUAAAAUAUAUUCAAGUGAUUUUGAUAAAAAAAAUUUACCUCGAGUGCAUUUGUCUGCCAGUGUUGCCACAGUCUCAUUAAAAUCUUUUGCAGAUGUAUUUAUAUUUUUAUGAGUAUUGUAACAAUGAGGCAGUUAACCACCAUUUAAAGUUUUUAUUUGAAAUAUAUGAAGUGGUUAAAGUUGCCAAUCCUGGCAGAUAAUUUGAGAUCUUGAAGUCAUCCUGAAGUAAUGCACCAAAGGUACAAAUAUAUAAAAGCGAUGCUUAGUGCUUUUCUUUGGCUUCUGUACCAUAUUUUGCUUGUAAAACACAAAGCACUUUUUCUGCAAACCUUUUUUUUUUGUAAAUCUGGCCAUAUUGGGGUUUGUGAAGUAGAUCCUGCAUUUGCUCGUUUGAUGUUAAGCUCUGGUCAUUUUUGAGGUGCAAUAAAUCAAAUCUGUCACUCUUCAUCUGAUAAACAGACUGAACUGUAAGCAUAAAUUUGUACUCUAUAAAUAAGUGUACAUGAUAAAUAAUUUGAUUUGAA